AUGUUUUGGGGCAACAAAACUCCGCAGGACUCCGGAGAGGACCUGGCCCGCACCGAUUCAGCUACGAAGAACGAUCCCGCCGCAUCCGCCUCACAAGCUUCCGGCACCGCCUGGCUCGCCGGGCACUUGCACCACCUUACACCGGAGCAGGAGGAAAAGCUGGAAGAGUUCAAGAAAGUGUGCGCUGAGCGGAAAUAUUACACCCCUGCCGUGAAACAAGCAGAUGGCGUCGAGGCGAAGCCGGCCAGCCAGGACGAUGCGACUUUAUUGCGAUUCCUCCGAGCUCGCAAGUUCGACGUUGAGGGCGCGUGGGCCCAAUUCAAGGACACCGAAGACUGGCGCAAAGACAACGCCAUCGAGGAGCUGUAUGCGAAUAUCAAGAUUGACUCAUAUGAAGCCGCUCGGCGGAUGUAUCCCCAAUGGACUGGCCGUCGCGAUCGCCGCGGAAUCCCCGUCUACGUCUUCCAGAUCCGCCACCUGGAUCACAAGGCUGUCGCCGCUUACAACUCCACCAUGAAUAGCGGUACACCCGAGACGCACAAAUCAUCCAAAGUUCCUGCGCGCUUGUUGAAUCUCUUCGCGUUGUAUGAGAACCUUCUGCGCUUCGUGAUGCCGCUCUCCUCGGCGCUGCCACGUCCGAACCCGGAGACGCCUAUCGUGACGUCGACCAAUAUCGUGGAUGUCGGCGGUGUCGGGCUGAAGCAGUUCUGGAACUUGAAGGGUCACAUGCAGGAUGCUAGUGUUUUGGCCACGGCGCAUUACCCGGAGACAUUAGAUCGGAUCUUUAUCAUCGGAGCACCCGCAUUCUUUCCAACCGUCUGGGGCUGGAUCAAGCGCUGGUUUGACCCAGGAACCACCUCGAAGAUCUUCAUUCUCUCCGCCUCAGAGGUCACGCCCACUCUCAACUCCUUCAUGGAGCCAACCAGCAUCCCCAAGCAAUUCGGUGGCGAGCUGGACUGGGCGUGGGGCGAUAUGCCCAACCUGGACGAGCCCACCAGCGAGCUGCUCCGCGGCAUCGAGCAACCGCUCGCCGAGGGCCAAAAGCGGAGAGAAAUCAUCAAGGGACCUGUUCUGUUCAACGGCGAUCACCUCCAGGUCCUAGGCACUAUGGAUGGAACGCAGACGAAGCGGAGAGAAAUCGUUCCCAUCCCGAAACUCCAGGCUUCGGUUGAGUCAGAGGCUAACUCCGAUAGCUCUGCAGAGAAGGCGGCGCCUAAUGGCGCAGAGACUAAGGUAGACGAUAGCGAGAAAACCAUCGACAACGUGGCGGUCAAAAUCGACCAGUUAUCCGUCGAUGAGAAUCAUGUUUCCGUAUAG